AUGGCCAAGGGACACCCGGAUGUCCCCAGUGUCCCCAGAGCAACCAAGGGACACCCGGAUGUCCCCAAGGUGACCAGGGGACACCCAGAUGUCCCCAAUGUCCCCAAGGUGGCCAGGGGACACCCAGAAAUCCCCAAAGUGACCAAGGGACACUCAGACAUCCCCAGUGUCCCCAAGGUGACCAGGGGACACCCGGAUGUCCUCAAUGUUUCCAGCAUGGCCAGGGGACACCCCAAUGUCCCCAAAGUGACCAGGGGGCACCCAGACAUCCCCAAGGCAACCAGGGGACACCCAGAUGUCCUCAAUGUCCCCAAGGUGACCAAGGGGCACCCGGACAUCCCCAAGGUGACCAAGGGACACCCAGAUGUCCCCAAAGUGACCAAGGGACACCUGGACGUCCCCAGUGUCCCCAAAGUGACCAAGGGACACUCGGACGUCCCCAAGGCAACCAAGGGACACCAGGAUGUCCCCAAAGUGAUUAGGGGACACCCGAACAUCCCCAGUGUCCCCAAGGUGACCAAGGGACACCCAGAUGUCCCCAAAGUGACCAAGGGACACCUGGACGUCCCCAGUGUCCCCAAAGUGACCAAGGGACACUCGGACAUCCCCAAGGCAACCAAGGGACACCAGGAUGUCUGA